GGUACAAUUCAAAUGACAGCAAUACUACUAUUGAGCUUACUUGGAACUGGGCUGGCCUUCCUGAAUGUCAGCGCUGAAUUUGUGAUCACUGAUUUGCAAUAUUCACUCACUCCGGUCCUGAUUUCUCGUGUCCUCCUCAAUGUCCGAGCUGCAGCACACUCCACACGCGGAGAGCAGUCACAAACGCCCUCUUUCGUCCGGUCGCAGCGUGGCGUCCAGACACAAGCAGACGUCGAAAACAUGUCACUCGGAUUGAACGUCCUAAGCAGCACCGAACAAGCCCCGGAGAGCGAUCGCUCCCACUCGCAAGAGUCUAUUGAACAUGAUCAAAUUAUUGCAGAACCGCGAAGCAUGACGACGGAGAUUGUUGUUACUGCCGGUGAUGCUCCUCAGGACGUGAAUGAGGAAGAGGGGGUGGACGAUGUCGAGGAAGAGACUCUGUCGGAUUGGGAGAACGAUGUGUGAGGGGAGAGAACGGAUCUCCAAGCCGAGCUGCUAUAUUCACAGUGAUUGCACGUUUGCCUGCUUUUUGUAAGUAGCAUAGUGGUGUCAGUUCUCGUACGCUCCGUCUCAUCCAGAU